AUGUAUCAUGUUGUUAGCUUCAUGGAGGAUGAUGGUGCGUUGUCAGUAGUUCCAUCAAACUGGUUAAAAGGCGACAACACAGCUUGGCCACCCUAUAAAGGCACCAAGCUGAGAAAGGCUGUCAAAGAUUGCGAAAAGCCCUCCGCUGGCUGGGCUUUACUCCCAUGCAGAGCCAUGGGAUCAUCUUCGACAUACGGAGAUGCCAAGCGCAAAGAAAAAAAAGCAGAGGAGACAUCCGACCUUGCGACAGAAGAAGAAGGGUCGCAGAAAAGAAAGAGAAAACCACCUCGGCACAUCUUGUCAUCAUCCGAGGAUGAGCAAGAAAGUGAACCAGUUGCGCAACAUGGACAUGGCAACCCACAAGCAUCGACUUCUACAUUCAUUCCGGCUCCUGCGCCUCCAAAAAUGCCUGUCCCUCAGAAUCAGCAGCCCCCUUCGUCCAGUUCUGCGAAUGUUCCUGGAGCUAAACGUAAGCGAACAGUACAGCUAUUCUUGAAAUUAUCAGGAUUCCAGGCAGAGGUGCUUCGACUGCUUGGAGGCAUUGCGGCGCAGCUCCAGAGCCAAGCUAAAAUAUUGAGACAGCUGGAGGCACAACGUCAUGAGCCCAAGAAACCAACUACGAUCCGUGCGGUCCUCCACCUUCUGCCACUCUCAUCUCAUGAGGACGUUGCACAGUUGGAGACACUUCUGCAGGAGGAUGAGAACAAAGAAGCCCUUAUUGCUCACCUCGCGCUCAUUGAAGGUUCGUCGGUGCAAGAUGUCACGCGCUCUGUAAUGAAACGGUGCAUGCUAGAUGCUCUUGCAAAGAACUACUGCAUGACUGGAAGAAAGGGGAAACUACGUAUGGAGCACCUCCAGCUUGUUUGUGUGGUGACAGGGGCAGUACACAGAUGUUUUGAGCAAAAGAAGAAAAAUGGUGAGGAAGCCAUUGUAGUUCAGAAAAACACAACGCUGAAAGCCAUUGCUGAUUGGCUGAGAUAUGCAGCGGCCCGCGUUAAGAAAACGGAGGGCGCUGCCUCUGCCUAGAGGUGACAUUGUAGAA